CUCUCUCUUUCUUUCACUCUAAUUCUUAAUUCUUUUGAGUAUUAGUAGUAUAUAUGGCUGACCAAAAGCUUCCAGUUAAUGAGAGCCAAAUAGACCAAUCUCUUCAAAACCCUCUUCCAAUAUCUAAACCAAUUCCCAAUAUUGACCCUUUUGUCCCCACAUCCCAAAUUCCAAAUCCUAAGUCACAAGAGGGUGAAGGUGAAGCAAAACAACCAUCUUUGCUUCAGAAACUUCCACCACCUCCUCCAUCUUCCAUGGCUUCUUCUUUAACUUCUUCUUCUUCAACUAAGAAGCAUUCUUCGUAUCGAGGAAUCCGGUGCCGGAGCGGGAAAUGGGUGUCGGAGAUUCGCGAGCCACGUAAGACGACACGCAUAUGGCUCGGCACAUUUCCAACUGCCGAGAUGGCUGCUGCCGCCUACGAUGUUGCUGCCCUUGCCCUACGAGGCGGGGAUGCGGUCCUUAACUUCCCUGCCUCCAUUCCCACCUACCCCGUUCCUGCGUCGACUUCUCCGGUUGACAUUCGCACUGCUGCCUCCGCUGCUGCUGCUAAUGCGGUGAAGAAAGCUGCAUCGUCGACUUUGACAGUCGACAUCAGCGCUAUGAAAGAUAGUGGCAAUACGAUGAUGGGGGCGGAGGAGUUUGUGGAUGAAGAAGAGAUUUUUGGGAUGCCGGGUUUACUGGCAGAUAUGGCGGAGGGGAUGAUGGUGUCGCCACCCAGAAUGAACUCGCCGCCGCUGUCCGAUGAUUCGAUGGAGAAUUCUGAUGGAACGGAAAGUUUAUGGAGCUACUUUUGAUAGUAUUAAUGAAUUAAGAUUAACUACAAGUUGUGAUUAAGAAGAUGCGAGUUAGGUGAAAAAAAGAAAAAAGGAAAAGGGGUAGCUUCAAAAAGGCGAGUUCUUGGCCGGCCGCCAUAGCUUAGGCUUGAUGAAAAAUUAGUUCAUGGUAUACCUUUUUUUGGUCCAUUUGAUUGAUUUUACCCUCUAUUUCUUUUAUAAAUGUAACUUAAGAAAGGGUGAAAGAUAGCAUUAAGUCAAAUAUUUAAACAUAAUCAAUUUUGAUUAAUUCAAUAGUGUUGUAUAACAGCCAAUAUAAUUCAAUUUUGACCCAUUUUAAUUUACACAUAAUCAAUUUUAAUUAAUUCAACGGGUUCAAAGGAUGCAAGGGUUGCAAUGGCGACUAUGACAGAGUAAUGGUUGAAAAUUUUGAUAUAA